UCUCAUUAUUUAAUUAUAAUCUUUUGGUAAAGCAAGAGAUUUUUUCCUUGACUAUUUCUCGACAAAUUUUCUUUCUGUAAUAGCUACAGAGGAAAGGCGAUUAUGCAAUAAAUUCCUUAGACAACAUGGCAUCUGCAGGUCCGGGUCCGGUUUAUUCCUUGCCACCAACCAUAGGCUAUGAUAAUCAUGAUCAACGUAAAAUUCGUAUGCCACAGUAUUCCUUUGGUGGGAGGACAAAAUUGAUUAACAAAAAUAUUGUACCAGGACCUGGUUUGAAUGUGUCGGGUCUAACCCGUUAUGGACCGGCAAGAACAUUUGCCUAUAGCAUAGGGCCGAGAACAUUUAUGAAAGAUUCGAAAAAUAUUGGACCUGGCCCAGCGAAUUACGAUUUGAACAAGUCACCCUAUGUUAAUACGACUAGUCCACCAUCGUAUUCGAUUGGCCGCAGAACAAUGUUGACAAAUAAAAACAUAUGUCCCGGGCCCAAUGCUUAUGGCAUUAGUGUUAAUGCGAUUAAAACUGCGGCUCCCGCAUUCAGCAUUGGCAUGCGCACAGGCUUAAAGGCUAAAAGCCUAUCACCUGGACCAGCAAAUUAUGGGCCAAGCACUCUCAAAACAUAUUUACCCAAAGCUCCGGAAUAUUCAUUGGCACCUCGAACAUUCUUGAAUGCCAAACUUGUUGGACCUGCAGCAAAUGCCUAUGACUGUAUGAAUUAUAAACCGGGAAAAACACCACCGAAUUAUUCAUUUGGUGUUCGUCACUCACCAAGAGCACCGCCAAUGAUUGUCGCCUGUGACAAUACAUGA